AUGGCCAGUGAAAACUACACGCGGGUCACUGAGUUCAUUUUCAGAGGUUUGACUUACAACCCCCGCCUGCAGGUGCUUCUCUUCCUGUUCCUUCUGAGUUUCUACGUCAUCAACCUAACUGGAAACUUGGGGAUGGUUGCUCUGAUACAGAUCGAUGCCCGCCUUCACACUCCCAUGUACUUUUUCCUCAGCCACCUGUCCUUUGUGGACAUCUGCUUCUCCUCAGCCAUGAGCCCCAAGAUGCUCGCCGACUUCUUUGCGAAGAGGAAAGCCAUCUCCUUCCUGGGCUGUGCUUUGCAGCAGUGGUUCUUUGGGUUCUUUGUGGCGGCAGAGUGUUUUCUCCUGGCAUCCAUGGCCUAUGACCGCUAUGUCGCCAUCUGCAACCCAUUAUUGUAUUCAGUUGCCAUGUCCCGGAGACUCUGUAUCCAGCUGGUGGCUGGUCCCUAUGCCAUCGGGUUCGUGAAUACCAUGACGCACACAACAAAUGCAUUUCGCCUCCCUUUUUGUGGCCCUAAUGUCAUCAAUCAUUUCUUCUGUGAUAUGUCCCCUCUGCUUUCCCUCGUGUGCACUGACACCAGGCUCAACAAGUUAGUCGUCUUUGUGGUGGCGGGAGCUGUGGGAGUCUUCAGCGGCCUGACCAUCCUGGUCUCCUACAUCUGCAUCCUCAUCGCCAUCCUGAAGAUCCGCUCUGCUGAGGGGAGACACAAAGCAUUUUCCACCUGCCCGUCUCACCUGACGGCCGUCUCCAUCCUGUAUGGUACUCUCUUCUUCAUUUAUGUGCGGCCUAGUGCAAGUUUCUCCCUGGAUCUCAAUAAAGUGGUGUCGGUGUUUUACACCUCAGUCAUCCCCAUGUUGAACCCACUUAUCUACAGCUUGAGGAACAAGGAGGUCAAAGAUGCCAUCCACAGGAUGGUCACAAAGAGGAAGUUCUGGAGGGCCUAG